GUCAUAAAACACCAAAAGAAGAAAAAGAACGAAGAACAUUUUUUUUUUUCAAAACGGUUUGGCGCUUAACUACAGAUAAUGGAAAGUGAGAUUCAGCGACUGCAACAGAAAGUGGAAGAGGCAGAAGAAGCUCUUCAGAAGGCAGCGCAGUAUGGACUUCAGCUGUUGGCUGACAAAAUGGACCUGCAAAAUAAAUUAGAGGAUCAACGGAUUGAGAUGACUUUUCUAAUUGAGGGCUUGGAGCAAGAAAAAUAUUCAUUGCAGAGAGAAGUGGAACUGAAGAGUCGCAUGCUGGACAGCCUUAAUUCAGAAUUUGAUGUUGUUAAGAACCAACAGAAACUACUGUUGGACCAGCAGCAAACAAAGUUGCAGAGGAACCAUGCUGUGGAAUGUGCAGAAUUCAAGAACAAGGUGGAUAAAUUGAAGGGGGACCUAGAUGAGGCUCAGCUUCUUGAGAAACAGCUAAAACAUAAAUUGGAGUUGCAGUCCCAAGCUUUAACCAGCAAAAGUGAAGAGCUUCGCAAAAUGUUGGAAUGUACUAAUGAAACAACUACUUCAGAGAUCUUAGAGCUACAAAUCCAGAAGAUGGACCUGGAAACAUCCAUGGCCACCUUAGAGCAACAGUAUCAGGAAUUAAAAUACAAAGAACAGCAGCUGGAGCUGGCUAACUGCAUCCUUCAAAGGCAACUGGAGACACUUGAAAAUACUAAGGAAGAAAAAGAAAAGGAGACUAUGUCCCUCUACAGUGCUUUGGAGAAUUCCAGGAGAGACAACCAGCAACUUCAAAUACAGUUGGACCAAGUAUUGACUCAUUCGCAAGAUCCAAACAGCAGAGGAAAUUCAUUAUUCUCUGAGGUAGAGGACAAGCGUGCAGAAAUGGAGAGACAGUUGAUCAGUGUAAAAGUACAGUACCAGUCUCUUCAGAAGCAGCAUGCUUUUACCAAACAUCAGAUGCUUCGCAUGAAGGUGCAGAUAUCUAAUGUGAUGCAGCUUCAGGGCAUUACAACUGACCCAGCCCAGCUUGAAAGACUACAGUUCAUGUUGUUAGAGAAAAACCAUGAGAUAGAAACCUUGAUAAAGAAAGUGCAACAGUUGGAGAAGGUAGAGGUGACAUUAGAGAAUCGGUCCACUGGUGUCUCCAAGGAAGCUGAGUUUGUGGAUGAGACAUACUACACUGACCUUUUGAAAAUGCAACUAUCGAAUUCUAAGAAAAUGGCAGAGAAACUAAAGGAGGAAUUAUCCAUGGCAAGAAUGAAAGCUUUGUCUGAGAGUCAAAAGGUGCUUGAGUUAGAAAGGAAACUCUUUGCGACAGAGACUGCUUUGAAGCAAGGGCGCAUUGACAUUAUCAAGCUCCAAGUGAAAAAUGAAGAGCUCCAGAUGAAAUAUGAGCCUAAUGAAGCGAAUAAGACACAGGCUCAAAAGUGCAAGAGGGAGAAAUUCCCAAUAAACUUACCUCAUGGAUCUGACCAUAGCAGCAUGGACAUUCCAGGCAUGAAAGCUGAAUCAAGGAAGAAGGCUAUGGAUGAAGAAGUCCACCCUUGUCUAAAUAAGAAUGAAAUCGUGACCCCAGUACACUUAUCCCAAACCCUAAGCUCUAGCUCUAGCUCUGGCUUGCUUUGUGACACUAAAUAUGUUCGCAUUUCUGAAAACACCCCAAUUUCUCCUUUUGAUUCUUCAAGAUCUUCAGUGAAAGAAUAUAUCAGCACACCCAAGCCUGAAAUGCUAGAAAAGGAUGAGAAAAAGGACAACCGAACAUCUGAAUGGUGCAAGAAGUAUGAAGCACCUGUCCAUGUUGAUUCAGAAAAUACCAUGGAAAGACAGUGUGCCCAACAGUAGUAAUCACAUGUUUGUUAAUGUUCACAGUUUAACUUCUUGUUACACAAUAAAUGUUUUGUGAAAAUAACUUGUACUGUAUCUAUGUAUGCCUGUCUCUCUGAUUUAUAUACAUUUAGGGAUUUUGCAGAUGGCCUUAUCCAGAGCUUACAUUUUUUUAAGGGGUAAUGGGCAAGGGGCUUGCUCAAGGCCCCAACAGGGAUAACUUGGUGGUUGUGGGAUUUAAACCUGGGACCUUUCAAAGCAUAGUCCAAUGCCUUAACUAUUGAGCUACCCCUGACCCACAUACACACAUAUGUACAUACUGUACACACACAAAAAAUUACACAAUCCUAAGUUUCCUGGGAUAGGCUCCAGGCACCCUGUAACCCUGUAUAAAAAAAUUAAAUAAAUUGGU